ACAAUAUGCAGCAGCAAUAGCCAGAAUGAUUCAAAAGACUGCACAUUUAGUCAUGGGACACAGUCUAACCAUUUUGACAACUCACAGUGUUGUGGCUUAUGUGAAUUCACAAAGCUUCACUAUGACUGCACUCAGACAACACAGGCUGUCCAAAAUUUUGGAAGCACCCAACAUCACAUAUACACAUGAAGGUGUGAACAUGGCAGAUGGCAUGACGGAUGGCGAACCUCAUCAAUGUGAAGAAUUGGUUUCCAGGAUGGAGAAGGUGAGACCAGAUCUAGAGGCUAGUCCUAUUGAAGGCCCACAGGUGAGACAGUUGUUCACAGAUGGCUGUUGUUUCAGACAUGAAAGUGAAGGACUCAGAGCAGCCUAUUCUGUUGUUGAACGAAUAGGCUCAGGAUUUGUAACAAGGAAGGCAGAAAGGUUACAAGGACCUCAGUCAGCGCAGAGAGCAGAGCUAAUAGCAGUGAUUGAGGCAUUAAAGUUGGCAGAAAAUCAGGAGGUAAAUGUAUAUUCAGAUUCAGCAUAUGCCACAGGUGCAGUUCAUGUGGAGUUAUGUCAGUGGUUGAGAGCAGGAUUUUUGACAGCGGGGGGUAAACCUAUAAAACACGAGAUGGAAAUGAGUGAGCUGGCCAAUGCUUUGUUAUUACCGGCCAGAAUUGCCGUGAUAAAGUGCAAAGGUCAUGAUAACAGUAAUUCAGACAUUGCAUUAGGGAAUCAGGCUGCAGACCAGGCUGCCAAAGCAGCCGCUGGAUAUGCACCUCAGAUGAUGAUGGUGACGGUGGAAGAUGAGCUGAGAGAAGAGUUGAGCAUGAGUAACAUUAAACUGUUGCAGAGCAGAGCAGCUCCGGAGGAGAAGAAUAUGUGGAGGCUCAGAGGAGCCUCAGAGCAGGAAGGUUGCUGGAGAGGGCCAGAUGGCAGACUGAUUUUUCCUCCAGGUUUGAAACAGAAGCUUUUUUCUGAGGUACAUGGUGUUGGACAUGUGGGUGUCAGACAGAUGAUGGACAACUUUAACCAUUGGUGGCAUCCAUUUAUGUCAGAUAUGGUCAAACAUUUUGUAAAAAGUUCUACACUGUGUGGGCAAUUUAACUCAAAGAAGACUUUGAAACCUUUGCAGGGCAGAUUUCCUUUGAUCACAGUUCCUGGGAAGGAAGUGAUUCUUGAUUAUACAGACAUGGUGACCCCUGCUGGAGGCUUUAAGUAUUUGUUGGUGUGUGUGGACGCUUUUACAGGAUGGCCAGAGGCCUGGCCUGCUAGAAGAGAGGACAGCAAAACUGUGAUAAAAUGCCUCAUUAACCAUUACAUUCCCAGGCACGGGUUCCCUGAAAAGAUCAGGACUGACAAUGGAACCCACUUCUAGAACCAGGACCUGCAACGAGUGGAGUCCAGUUUAGGGCUCACACACAGGUUUGGCACCGUGUAUCACCCCCAGUCACAGGGCAAAGUGGAGAGGAUGAAC